UGUCAAAAAUCCAUGCCAAGUAACAAGUACAACCAAUGCAGGCAACAAAGUGAUAGCCAUGAAGAAGAAGAAACCUAAAUAUUCUCUUCAAUUUAAUUCUCUCUAUUAAAUCUCUAUUUUAGAAAGGAAUUUAAAUGUGUGAAGUUAUUUUCUUGACAAAAUAAUAUUUCUGUCACUGGUCAUGGUGGUGGCAUUGCAGCUUCCUAGUUCUAAAAUUCCCAUUCUUGAAAUAGGAAGACAUUUAUCAAAUGUAUCUUCUUCUUCUUCUUCAAGAAAGCGUUUCGUGUCGAAUUCGCAUCAACCACCUCAAUAUCCCACUCUGUUCUCUCCAAUUAAUCAGAGUGUUGCAGCCAUUGUAUUCGGAGACGGAUCGGAGUCGAGGUUAUAUCCAUUGACAAAGAGAAGAUCAGAAGGAGCAAUUCCUAUAGCAGCAAAUUACAGGCUAAUUGAUGCAGUUAUAAGCAACUGUAUUAACAGUAAUAUUAACAGAAUAUAUGCCAUUACACAAUUCAAUUCCACUUCACUCAAUUCUCACCUCUCAAGAGCAUAUAAUGGAAUUGGCCUUGGCAAAGAAGGAUUCGUCCAAGUAAUUGCAGCUUAUCAGACUCCCGAAGAUCAAGGCUGGUUUCAGGGGACUGCUGAUGCCAUCAGAAGAUGCUUGUGGGUACUAGAUGAGUAUCCUGUGACGGAGUUUUUAGUACUUCCUGGCCACCAUCUUUACAAAAUGGACUAUCAGAAACUGGUGGAAGCGCAUCGGAGUAGCCAGUCUGAUAUAACAAUUGCUGCUUUGAAUUGUGUUAGAGAACCAGACCCAGGUUUCGGGAUUCUUAAAGUGGAUUCACAGGAUAGAAUUGUAGAGUUUAGUUUAAGAUUGGUAAAGAACUCUGAAAAGCCCAACGAUUCGACACACAGUACAUUUUCGAGUAUGGGGAUCUAUCUUGUUAAUAAGAAGAUUAUGACAGAACUUCUUGACAGUUACAUUCCUGAGGCAAAUGACUUCGGAACAGAAGUGAUUCCUGCUGCGAUAUCUGCUGGAAUGAAGGUUAGCGCGUAUCGAUUUGAUGGAUAUUGGGAGGACUUGCCGAGCAUUUCGGCAUUUUACCAAGCAAAUAUGGAAUGCAUACAAAGAUCAAACAUGGGAUAUAACAGCUUUUCAGAUAAAGAAUCUCCAGUAUACACCAUGCCAAGAUACUUGCCACCAACUACAAUAUCUGAUGCAGUCAUAACAGAUAGUAUCAUUGGAGAUGGUUGCAUUCUCAAUAGGUGCAAGAUCAAAAACACAGUGGUAGGCAUGAGGACACGAAUAGGAGAUCGGGUUAUAAUUGAAGAUUCGGUGAUCAUGGGUUCUGAUUUUUAUCAAAGAGACUGUAUUCAAAAGAAUGGAAUAGGCAUCAGCAUUCCAAUUGGAAUUGGAGAUGAUACUCGGAUACGGAAAGCUGUAAUAGAUAAGAAUGCAAGAAUUGGCAGAAAUGUCAUGAUAAUAAACAAGGAGAAUGUGCAAGAAGGCAACAGGGAAGAUAAUGGGUAUAUAAUUAGUUCAGGAAUUGUGGUUAUUCUCCAAAGUGCAGUGAUCCCUGAUAGCACCAUUUUAUGAUAUCACUAUGCAUGCAAGAAUCAAGCAGACAGGUCUCCAAAGAAUCAAAGACAAGCAUAAAAAAGAUUGAAAAAUUCGACAACCAUUAGAAUAUAAGAGAGCGGCGCAGAUAGCUUGCAUCAUCCAAAAACAAAGGCAAGCAUCUGGCCAAGUGCAGUAAGAUUCGAAGUAAUGAUAUCGGUUUCUCUGUAUAAUUUUGGACAUUUAUCAGUACUUCCAUUGCAUAUGCACCUUUACUAAUGCCAUUGGCUACAUAAUAUAAGCAAUUCUACUUGCACAUCA